GUGGAAACGGGUGAGCCGCUGCCGACAAGUGCUCACCUGUUCCACCAUCAGACGGUGGAUGAUCCCAAGGUUCCGGCGCUGGCUGGGGUGACGAGCUCCUUGGCUAUUCCGGGCAGCGGUGGACACUCGAGCGCACUAGCAAUGAGUCAACUCGGCACGGUGUACGCCACGAAACGACGGAGACGCAACGGGAAGAGCCUGAAACCACCCCCCAAAGAUGGUGUGACCAAGAGCAACCCCUCGAAACGCCAUCGGGAGCGUCUCAACGCCGAAUUGGACCUCCUCGCCUCGCUGCUGCCAUUCGAACAAAAUAUCCUUAGCAAAUUAGAUCGACUGAGUAUUCUUAGGCUAUCCGUUAGUUAUUUAAGGACGAAAAGUUACUUUCAAGUGGUGAUGCUUAAGGAGAAGGAGGAGAAUGGGAUGCUGUCCCACCUCCACUCCCACGACAGCUACCGAAGUCGGGAAUUGGGUGUUCUUGAGCACAAUCUUCUGGACGGCGAUAUGUUCCUUCAGGCCCUUAAUGGUUUCCUAAUGAUUCUCACAUGUGAGGGCGAAGUCUUCUUCGCAACACACAGCAUUGAGAGCUAUUUGGGCUUUCAUCAGUCCGAUAUUGUUCAUCAAUCAGUGUACGAGCUGGUGCACUCGGAAGAUCGGGAGGAGUUGCAGAGGCAGCUGCUGUGGAACUCCUUCCUGCCACCGGACAUGGCCGGAUUGAAUCUGGCCGAGGCCCUGGCGCCGGACAAGUGCAAUCUGCUCGAGAGGAGCUUCACAGUGCGCUUUCGCUGCCUGUUAGACAAUACAUCGGGAUUCCUGAGGUUGGACAUUAGGGGGCGCGUUAAAGUGCUCCAUGGCCAGAACAGGAAGACGGAGGAGCCGCCUCUCGCACUCUUCGCCUACUGUACGCCCUUUGGCCCCCCAAGCCUGCUGGAGAUCCCACAGAAGGAGAACAUGUUCAAAUCCAAGCACAAGCUAGAUCUGUCCCUCGUGUCGAUGGACCAGCGAGGAAAAAUGAUACUUGGAUAUUCAGAUGCCGAACUCGCCAAUAUGGGAGGUUACGACCUGGUUCACUUCGACGAUCUCUCAUAUGUGGCGAGUGCCCAUCAGGAAUUGCUGAAGACCGGCGCGUCUGGCAUGAUUGCGUACCGCUUCCAGAAGAAGGAUGGCGAAUGGCAGUGGCUUCAAACUAGCUCACGCCUCGUAUACAAGAACUCCAAGCCAGACUUUGUGAUAUGCACGCAUAGGCAGCUUAUGGAAGAGGAGGGCAGAGACUUGCUGGGAAAGCGCACAAUGGACUUCAAAGUGAGCUAUCUGGAUACCGGCCUAUCAUCCAGCUACUUCACCGAAGCUGACCAGAUUGUCGUCCCACCAACUGGCUCUCCCAACUCUCUGCCGCCGCCCGUAACACCCCAACGGACCAACAGACGCUACAAGACCCAACUCCGAGACUUCCUCUCCACAUGUCGCUCCAAGCGCAAACUGCAGCAGCAAUCGCAACUGGGACAGAUAACACCUCCUGUUCCCGUUGUGGAGUACAUCCCAGAACCUACCAUCGCUGUGGCCACGUAUCCCAACUUAAAUCCCAUGUACUCCACGUCGCCCUAUCCGCCAACGCCGGAGAACCUCUACAUGACGCCGUCGGUGCACUCGACCAACUUCUAUUCGGUGCCCGAGAACCUCUUCCAUCAGUACCGUCUUCAAGGAGUCAGUGGAUACUACCCGGAGUACCAUCACUCGCCUGCACCCUCGCCCUACGUCACCAACGGCUUCCUGCCCUACGAAGGUUACGGACUCUCGGCCAAAGAGGAAAAGUGGCAAGAGAGUGGCAAGUACUAUCCAGGAUCGGACGUCACGAGUCGAAGUCAUGUGUACGCUUCGAGUUACGGAAGUCCCACCACGCCACAGCAGAUAAUCCAGUCCAACCUGAAGACGCCAAAAUCCUCACCGCCCAUCAUGGACGUCGUCUCGUGCUCAUCCGGCGGCCCGUCCCCUGUGAACGCUUCCUCGGCGGGUCUGCCGAUCAACACGGCACCUCCCGUGACCAACCAAACCACUCCCGUUUCGGCUCCGACCACAAUGUCCACGACGGCUCCAUCCAGUAACAAUGGCAUCAUCACGCCCAAGGUGGAGAGUUCUCCGCCGGAGCACUAUGAGCGACAAACAGUGCUGAUGUGGGGCGCCACGGGAGCCCCGACAGCCAAUCGCUCCCCCAACACAACGCCCACGUCCAAUGGCAUGUACAGUGAGGCUCACCACCUGAAGAUCUCUAACCAAAUGGUGAUGUCGCCCGCCGUUGAGGAGUCCCACCAUCACGGCCACCACAACUCCCACCUCAAGUGGAAUGGCUCGAGUAAGGAUAUCGCAUACCCCAGCAUCCACCAGUCCCACCACGAGGAGCACCCCGCGAUGUACGCUCAGGUGAGCCAGGCCGCGGGACUGGGCCACCAUGGAGCCCCCCACAUCGUCGGAAAUGACCACGGCGUGCUCCACCAGUCCCCCCAGGGCGCUCCCGCAACGCCCCAGGGGGGCGCCCAGGCUCAGACGGUCGUUGGGAGCAGUUGCGAGGUAUGGAGUCCUGCAUCAUACUCGCAAUACCAGUAUUUCACUUAUCACCACGCUCCUCAGCACGCAAGCACUCAGUCAUCAUUGGGCGACACCACCCAGUCACACUAUCUAUCGCGCAGCAACGGUUACAUGGAGCAUCGCCAACGCGGCACCAUAUCUCCAACAUCACCGCUCACGCCUACGCAUCCAACUCGUUCCCCGAUCACGCGGACGGGAGUCCUCUGCUGUCCUUCUCUGAGGUGACCAACACGCUGCUGAACCAAUGAACGGAUCCCCGGCGCGCCGUGAAGCCAACCACCGACGGAAAUUGAGUCACAGUUGUUCUAUUUUGUGUGCAAUGUGUUUAAGAAAGUGGAUAUCGAACAAACAGCAAGUUGCAUAUGUAUAUGUAAAUUAAACCAUUUUCCGGAAAACCCUAUAUAGAUAUUUAUUAUGAUAUUUAAAUGUGUAACUAUAAUGUACAUUGUACAUAGAGAAUCAUAUGGAAGAGAGUGUGGUAUUUAUGGAGGAAAGAGAACUCACUGUAGCAUAGAGACAAGCCACGGUGUGAAAUCAAGUGAGGAAAACCUUGCCAGAGACUUUUUGAGCAAAUUAAUCAAAAGGAGUAUCUUAUGUAAAUACCGUAGAAGUUAAUUUACGAUUUAAGACGAUGAGAUAUGGUGUGAAAUGGGGCGAAGAGACACAUUGGAAUUUCUUUUUUUGAAACUUUCCCUAAAAGUGUUUAUUUAGAUAACUGUGUGAGCGAGAACGAGAGAGAGAAAUUAACUUUUAGGAUGCACCAGAAAAAUGCUCAGUUGAAUUCAAACUUUUAUUAUGUGUCAAAUUUUAUGUCAAAAUCUAAUUCAACGGAAAUCUAUAGCGUAGAACUUUACAGUGACCGUCAAGCAGUUGUGAGAAAAUCUCACACGAUUCAUUUAUUAUUAUUUCUGUGAUAGAUCUCAAAAGAAUCAACUAUGAAGGAUUUCAUUUUAGUCAAGAAAAAACAUGAUAGAAAAGUGGAUGGGUCGGACGAUUGUCCUCAGAGAAUUCUACUACAGCUUUCACAGCUUCUUAUCUUUAUUCCGUAGAUAAAAACAAGGAACUUUCUGUAAAAUAAAAUGCUCCGACAAUCUUCAAAUUGAUCGAAAAGAAUAAAUUUUGGCAAAGAAAAAAAUACGUAGUUAAAAUGUGAGGAUGGAAAAGAAUCAAGGAAUCAUGAAAAGUGUAAAAAGAGAAUCUGUAAGUGAAGAAGUAAAUAAUCUCUAUAAAAUUAUUUAAUUAAUUUUCUAUCAAUAAAAAAUCAAUUGAAGAAUUUUCAAAAUAUUCUUAGAUGAGAGUGCGACGAUGAGGAGAAAUAUUGUCCUUAAAUAUUUUCUAGUCCGAUAGCAGUUAAUGAGUAAAGAUAUAAAAUUUUGAAUAUAAUAUAAGAAUUAUUCCUUUUAUUGCAAAUUAGACGUAAAAGUAAAAAUGAUGUAAUUAAAUAAGAGGCAUUAAAUGAACAUUAAAAAAGAGGUCUAACCAUACGUCAUAUGAAUUAUUCGCUAAUUAAUCCCACACAAAUGAGUGAUAAUGAAACAUUUUUCAAUUCCAUCUACUGUAGUCUGAGAGUCAAAAUAAAAGUUAAUUUGAAAAUCAUAUAUUUUCUCAUUCUUUUCGUAAUCCUUUUCAAAGAAGAAAAAAAUCGCUUUAUUUCAAAAUGUUACAUUGAGAUGAAUCAAAAAUGUUCGAGAAAUUUUCCCCUUUUUAUAAUAUAAAUUCAGUAAAAGAGUAACAAAAAUUUUUGAAUUAAUGAGAAAAUAUUGUAAAUUAUGUAUAACUUAUUUCUACAGACAUUAUUAUAUGUAUAUAAAACAAUAAAAUU